UCCUCAUCGGUUGGUUCUCUUGAGCUGCUGCUUUACUUUCUUCCUCUGCACUAUCUUGAAGCUUCUCCUCAAUCAAAUCAAAUCUCUCCAUCUCUUAAUCCUAUCUAGCAAGAAUUCAACUCCAUCCAUCCUCCUCCUCACUUGUCAUCUCUCUCUCUCUCUCUCUCUCUCUCUCUCUCUCUCUCUCUCUCUCUCUCUCUCUCUCACAAUCAAAAGAAAAAGAAAAAGACAAUCAAAAGAGGAGAGGGCAAUCCAACCAUCUGUCCGUCUCUCGGACUCUGAGUUAGCCGCCGCACGCACGUACGAUUAGUAGUAGGCCUCCUAGGAGGGCUAGCUAACAAGGUAUGUAUGUACCAUCGUCUAAAUGAUUGAUUUGAUUCACAUCUGCUGCCUUUUAAUUAAUUUCCUCUAGCUUCCUUUGGAAACUUGCUACACUAGUAUGUACUGACUGCUUUGAUUGAUUGCUUGAUUGAUGCAUAUAUGAGCGAUUUCCCCCUCUACUUAAUAUCGAUCGAUCCAUCAUAUGCAAUUCAUUCUAAACAAGGGGCCUUUUCCUUUCCUUUUUUCUUUUUCUUUUAUUUAAGAAUAUAUAGUAUAAGCUAGACCUGGGCUAUCUGCAACAAGCUAAAACUCAACUUCUUUUUUCUUUCCGAUUUAACUUUCAAUCAUAUAGUCCCAUUCUUCUUUCAUUCAGACUCUUGUCUUCGUCCAGUCCUUAUCUGAACAUCUAGCUCUACGAAAAAGAAGCAACAUUAUACUUACUGGUUCAAUCAGAGGGUGAAAAAAGUUAUCUUCAGUUGCGAUACUGCAAACAGAGCAUCACACGGCACCUGUUAUUUCAUAUAUAUCCUCCAAGUCUGCCCGUCCGUCUGUCGAAACAUGGUUGCAGGUGGUGGCACUCACAAGAGGCCUGCUGCUGACAUAAUGCACCAAGAGGAGCCUGCAAACACAGAUGCAAAAAAUGAUCAUCACAUAGCCAUCUAUUUCAUCGACUCACCCCAACAAACUCAAAGACAAGUCCUGGGUGACAAGACCAAUGGCCAGGAGGAUUACUCCUUUCAGCACCACCUGCAAACACCAAGCUCGCCGCCCUGCUACUCCACCGACCACAUGCUCGGCGCUGCUGCUGACCAAAGACACUACAAUACCAACAAUGGCUCCCCUUCUUCUUCUUCUUCUUCUUCUUCUUCUUCUUCUUCUUCUUCUUCUUCUUCUUCUUCUUCGCAGCAGCAGCAGCAGCAGCAGCAGCAGCAGCAGCAGCAGCAGCAGCAGCAGCAGCAUGAACACUCUUCCCGCCCACCACGAAGAAGACAGUCCAGAACAAGGCGACGCUUGGCGGCAGCGGUGCCGUUCGUGAGGAAGAUCAAGUGGGGACCACUGUGGGAUAAGUCCAAGGAGUGGAUCAAGAACCCCAUGAACAUGGCGCUCUUCGUGUGGAUCGUCGCCGUCGGCGUCUCUGGCGCCAUCCUCUUCAUGGUGAUGACCGGGAUGCUCAACGCCGUCCUGCGGACCAAGUCGCACAAGGACACGUGGUUCGAGGUCAACAACCAGAUAUUGAAUGCAUUGUUCACCCUCAUGUGCCUCUACAACCAUCCCAGAAGGUUCUACCACCUGGCGCUGCUGUGCCGGUGGCGGGCCGGCGACAUGGCCGCGCUCCGGGAGGUCUACUGCAAGGGCGGCACCGUCAAGCCCAACGAGAGGAGGCACAUGAUGGUUGUGAUCCUGCUGCUCCACCUCAACUGCUUGGCGCAGUACGCGCUCUGCGGCCUCAACCUUGGGCUCUCCAGGACCCGCCGGCCUCCCGUGGGCGUCGGCCUCACCGUGUCAGUCGCCAUCUGCGCGCCCGCCGUCGCCAGCAUGUACAACAACCUCAGCCCCCUGGGCAAAGACUACGAGGUCCAGGCCGCCGACGACGAGGAGCAGGAGUCUUCUUCUUCGGGCUCGCGGCAGCGGCUCCAGCACAAGACCGUGGAGAGGAGGUACUCCUUCUCCCCCUCUCCGCCGCAGCGACAAGGACUAGAAAUGGCCGCUGUUGUCGUCGCCGUCGGCGCGGAAGAAGAUGGUAUGUUAUCGCCGGAGUGGUCUGGUGGGCUGGUGUCGGACCUGUGGGAGGACAUCUCGCUGGCGUACCUGUCCCUGUUCUGCAGCUGCUGCGUGUUCGGGUGGAACGCGGGGCGUCUGGGGUUCGGCAACGCGUACGUGCACGCGGCGACCUUCAUCCUGCUGUGCCUGGCGCCCUUCUUCAUCUUCACCCUGGCGGCCAUCAACAUCGACAACGAGGCGGCCAGGCUGGCGCUCAGCCUUGGCGGCACCCUGCUCUGCGUCCUUGGCCUGCUGUACGGCGGGUUCUGGAGGAUCCAGAUGCGCCGGAGGUUUGGGCUCCCCGGCAGUGGGUUCUGUUGCGGCAGGCCGGACGUGACGGACUGCUUCCAGUGGCUCUUCUGCUGCCCCUGCUCCCUCGCCCAGGAGGUCAGGACCGCCGACGCCUACGACAUUGUGCAGCACAGGAUGGUGUCUCGCCGCCGACCCGGAGACGGCGACGACCAAGAAGAAGAUGCCAGCAGUAGCUCCCGGGUCCAGAUGCAGCAGCCACUGAGGUUUGCAGGCGUUUUCGCUUCAGAUGGUGGGGUGACCAACACCAACACCAACACCAAUUCAGAUACGAGUACGAGUACAAUACCCCCUGCUGCCCCUGUUGGCAUACUGAAACAGUAGGUAAGAAUAAGAUGGAUGCAUGGCUAGAUGAGUAGGCUUAACUGUGGCUACAUCUUUUUCACAGCAAUCAAAUCCAUUGUAAGUACAUAGCAGAGCAUACAAGGCAAGUACAAUAUGUUCUUAUUAAUUAGAAUAUAUAAUAUACCCCGUCAGAUAGUACUCUGUUGACAUU